GUGUUAAGUCAGGAUUCAUGUCACCUAUCUCCAACUAGUCCAAAAAUACUUGUCGGAUAUUAUCCAGCUUAUAAACUUAAUCUAACACCAGGUGUAGAUUUUGAUAUCAGCUCAUCAAUUGAUUACUUAAACUAUAUUGCAUUUAGCCCAAAUGAUCUUGUUGAUAAUGGCAGAAAUAAUACUCCUGGUGGUGACCCAUUAGUAUUUUUUAACAGACAAUCUUCCAAGAUUAGUCAAUUGAAAGAAUAUAAGAGAAGAAAGAAUCUAACAUUUAAGAUAAUUCUAUCAGUCCUGCUACCGACUGAUUGGAAUAAUUUAGCUGGUUUCUUUAAUAUGAAUCCUAAUAAUUGGAUAUACGAUCCGUCUAGUCGUCAAAAUUCGAAAUUCGUUAAUGAUUUAGUUAGAAUUGUUAAUACUCAAGGUUUUGACGGA